AUGGCUAAUGUUUACAUCUCUGCAUCUAACAAGACCAACGGAAAUGCUUGGUCUCUGUUAUCUGACAAGGGCAAGAGAAUUGCCUAUGAUCAGAAGAGUAAAAUGAAAGAAGCUAAAGAGAAGAAGAGUGAACCAAAGCCUCCUUCUUCUGCUGCUAGAGAUAAUCCAAAGAGGGCAAGGCAGGAGCCAGGUUCUGGUGGAUUUGAAGAUCUAAACUUUACUUAUAAAAGCACAUAG